ACCAAUGAGUGGAAUAAGAAUGAUGACCGGCUGCUGCAGGCAGUGGAGAACGGCGAUCCUGAGAAAGUGGCUUCGUUGCUGGGUAAAAAGGGAGCCAAUGCCACCAAACAGGAUAGUGAGGGCAAAACUGCUUUUCACCUGGCAGCCACCAAAGGGCAUGCAGAAUGCCUCAGGAUCAUGGUGACACACGGUGCAGAUGUGACAGCCCAGGAUGGUGCAGGACACAGCGCUUUACAUCUUGCAGCAAAGAACAGUCACCCUGAUUGCGUUAAGAGGCUUCUUCAGUAUAAAUGCCCAGCAGACAGCACUGACAACACUGGGAAAACAGCUUUACAUUUUGCAGCUACAUGUGGUUGUCUUCAGGUAGUUCAACUUCUAUAUGAGCACAGAUGUCCAAUUAACGUCAAAGACUUGGAUGGGAACAUACCUCUGCUGCUUGCAGUACAAAAUGGUCACGCAGAAAUCUGCAAAUACCUCGUGGAUCAUGGAGCAGACGUCAACACUAGGGAUAAAAAUGGAAGAACUGCUUUGAUGGUGGCUUGUGAAGCUGGUAGCCUUAACAUUGUGGAAACCUUGCUUAGAAAAGGUGCAGAUGUCAGUUUAGUAGAUGUCUUUGGACAGAAUGCCCUGCAUUACUCCAAGCUCUCUGAGAAUACAGGGAUCCAGAAUCUCCUGUCAUCAAAGAUCUCUCAGGAUGUGGAUACAAAGUCACCGACUAAAGCAAAGCAGCAUGAUCAAGGCUCUAAAUUAAGUUCAGAAAGAAGUGGAACUCCAAAAAAACGCAAAGCCCCACCUCCUCCCAUCAGUCCUGUUCAGCUCAGUGAUUUGUCCUCCCCAUGCUCAUCAACUUCAACUCCCAUGACUGGAAAAGGACAGGCUUUCUUUGCUGACCAAGUAUGCAAGCAGGAAGAAUUCAGUCCCCUGAAUAAUAAAGGCAGGCUGAGUGACAGCACAACAGGUGCUGAUAGUUUGUUGGAUGUAAGUUCUGACACUGACCAGCAAGAUCUACUUAUGUUGAUGCAAGCAAAAAUUGCUUCUCUGACAUUACACAAUAAGGAGCUACAGGAUAAAUUACAGGAAAGAACACCUAAAGAAACAGAUUCUACCAUAGAUUAUUUUCAUUCAACCCAAACAGAGUUUGAUCAAACAGCAGAUACACAAAGUGAGUUUUCAGCUCAGGAGCUGAAGUCUUCAUUAAAUGCCACCCAAAUUCAAGAAAAGACAGCAAGCCCCAGUGAAGUAAAAAUAAAAUAUCUCCAGGAAGAUUUAAAGGAUGCGCAGAGGAAAUUAGAGAAUUCUGAAGCCAAAAGAAGGCACUUAGAGGCUCAGGUCCAGUCUGGAGUCCCAGACACAGAUCAUUUAAAUAGCACAGGCAUUUCAGAAAAUGGCUCUGAUCUUAACCUAAAGCUCCAAGAAACUCAAAACAGGUAUGAGGAAGCAGUGAACAAAGUUUUGAAUGUGCAAAGGCAAAUGAAACUGGGUCUUAUUUCCUCUGAAAGUGAAGAAACCAGUUAUGACCUGAGUAGGUUGAAGGUUACAUGCGAAGAAUUUGAAAUGCUUAAGCAAGAGUUGAAGAGAGCAUUGGAGGAAAAUGAAAGACAGAAAGAGAAAGUGAGAGAGCUGCAGAAAAAGUUUGAAGAAAGAGAACAGAAUGUGCCAAUGUCUGUGGAAGAAUGUGAGGAGAUAAAGAAUACCUAUUGUUCGGUUAUUGACAACAUUAACCAAGAGAAAGCUUUGCUGAUUGAGAAAUACAAAGAAGGGCAAGAGGAAAUUAAAAGGCUGCAGGAUAAGCUGGCAAAUCAGACACAGUUGGAAUCUAGUGCCCAAACUGGAGAAAGGAAAGAGGCCAUGAGUAAAAUGGUAGAUGAGCUCAACAGACAACUUAGUGAGUUGUCUGAGUUGUACAAAGAAGCACAAACAGAACUUGAAGAUUAUAGGAAGAGAAAAACUCUAGAUGAUAUAGCUUUGGACUACAUUCCUAGAGAUGAGCAUGAGAAACUGAUUCAGAUGACAAAUUCUUUGAAAUACAAAGCUGAGAAUGAGUUAUUGGAAAUGAAAUCACAGUACACAAAAGUAUUAGACGAAACAGAAGGACUAAAGCAACUGAUAGACACUCAGAAACAAAAUUCCAUGCCAAUUACUGAACACCAUCAAAUGAUAAAUGCACUCAGAAUUACUUUAAAGGAAAUGGAGGAAGAAGUAAAUGAGCUCAGAGGACUGAUUACCAGCAAGGAAAAUGAAGUAAGACACCUGCAGAAGGAACUGCUGGAAGAAAAAUCUGCAAUUAGUGAAGCAAUGGUACCCAGGUCUACCUAUGAAAAACUCCAAUCCUCAUUAGAAGGAGAAGUUAGUAUUUUGUCAUCCAAAUUAAAGGAGGUAAUCAAGGAGAAGGAAAAUGUGUCCUUAGAUGUCAUACAACUGAGAAAUGAAGUUUUGCAUUUGAAAGGAGAGAAAGAAGGUUUGCAUACUCUGCUUGCAGCAAAGGAACGGGAGGUAACUGGACUUCAGCAAAAGUGCCAUCAAACUCAAGGAGAGCUUCUUGAAAUGAAAAGUUCAUCAAAAACAGAAGAGGAUAAAGAUAAAAAGAUCAGUGAGAUGUCCAAGGAGAUUACCAAAUUAAAAGAAGCAUUGAACAGCCUUUCUCAGCUUUCCUACUCGACCAGUGCCCCCAAAAGACAAAGCCAGCAGCUGGAGGCUUUGCAACAACAAGUGAAGCAGUUGCAAAACCAACUGACUGAAACAAAGAAACAACAUCAGGAAAUUGUCUCAGUUUACCGGAUGCAUCUUCUCUAUGCUGUGCAGGGUCAAAUGGAUGAAGAUGUCCAGAAAGUGCUUAAACAAAUUUUAUCAAUGUGCAAAAGCCAAUCACAGAAAAAGUAAACAAAAAACAAGCACAACUCCCCAUUUUUAUUAAUCCUGAUAUGGGUGUUUAUCUAGAUUUGCCUUAACAUAAGAUUUAUAAUGGCAAUUUGCUGCUUUUUCUUUUUGUUGUGCUGUUUGCGAGGUGGAUUUAUCCAUCUGUACCACUUUUCAUGUGUAUUGCAUGUGCAAUAACAAACACACGCCCACUUUUCAUAUCCAAAAUACAAAUAUGUUCUUCAAACUUGUUGCUUAGGCCACUCCAUGUCAUGUUGAUCCUGAAAGUAUUUUGUAGCUUCCUCCAAGAGAGGAAGGCUAAUCUGGAUGCAGGCACUCAUAUCAUCUGGGUAAAGGUGAAAUUCUCCAUGAGGUCUCCUGUACUGUUUAUAAGCUGCAUCUUAUUACUGGGGAGUUUAAUUGCUAGGUGUUAUGGGACUCAGAUUCCUGACAUUUGGCUAUAUUCAGUCUUUGGCAGAGCAGAGUUUGGGCAGCCUUGCAGCAACAAGCAGUAGAUAUUUAUGGU